GUCAUCGGUCACAUGAUCUACAUAUAUGAUCAAAGUCGACGACGCCGCGACGGAUUCAUCAUGACUAUAAAACGUUAUUACAUGUAGCUAGAUUUUAGAAUCUUUUGACGUUGGAUGAGCUAACUUAUUUUGUUCACGAUAGAGACACAUAUCUGAUGUCGUUCGCUCUGGCUGCUGCAGAUUGUGAGGCCAGAGACAACAUUCAAAAUAUACACCAUGAUAUCUAUAUCCUCCAACAAGCAUUUCUUCCAGCCACUCUCGUCAUGCAGCACUAAACUGAUCAUACCCACCCUCAUUAUUAUAACGGCAUUAUGCAUUCAAGUGACCUCCGGCUUCAUGACCCCUGACAUGAUACUGAAGUUAACCACCGCAGGGCGCCCUCCUAUGACGCCCCAUGUCCAGGGUGAGGUCUCCGGCAAGUGCAAGACGGAACUGGCUGCCGUCAUUUCAGCAGAGACCUCUGAGCUUCUUCAGGUGGUGGACUCGUUUGGGAAGCCGGAGUCUGGUCUACUGGCUGGCAAUGCAGUGUGGAUGGGGCACUAUGAUGAAUGCAAGAGCAUUACAGGAUUCAACUUCUGCAUGUCCUAUCUUCAUCUGACGCUCCCCCAAAACAGCUCCAUAGUUCCUAGUCCUACAGGCCAAACACAGUUGAUGUGGGGAGUGUGCGUUCCAGAAUCCUGCUCAGACUCAGAUGUACUCUAUGCUCUGCAAGACCUACUUAAUGUAGUCGAGGCUCCCUUUGAUAUCUCAGCUGUGAAUGCUUCUUCAGUCUUAUGUGCACAGGAUCCACCCGCUCCGUACGAUACUGUUGGUUUUAUUGUAACGAUGGCAGUCAUAGGCCUACUAGGGACUCUGAUGGUGCUUGGGGCUUUCCUGGAUACCACCUUGCGAUCCGUCAACUACAAGGCCCCGCCCACCAGUCGGCAGCUGGUUAUCAACAGGACAACCAACGUGUACCCUUACCAGAGGGUUGGAAGCCCCUCAGGGGAUGAGGGGAGGGGCACAGCUGGGGAGAUGGAGGUGCAGUACCUGGAGGAGACACCCACAGCAUGCACCAGGGCCUGGCAGCAGUUCCUGUUGUGUUUUGCUGUUAAUCGCAACCUCAAGAAGCUGCUCUCGUCAAAGACCGGAGAGGGCGGUAUAGGCUGCCUCAACGGCAUUCGGGUCAUCAGUAUGACCUGGGUCAUCUUGGGUCAUGUGCCGCUCUUCAUGAUUUCGGCCGGUAUUGUCGGGAAUCCAUUGUAUGCCUUCCAGUACACCAGCAGGUUUGGGAUUCAAGCAGUGGUUAAUGCUUAUUUCUCGGUCGAUUCUUUCUUCUUUCUCAGCGGCCUGCUGGUUGCCUACAUGUCUUUGGGCAGGAUGGCAAAGAGCGGCGGAAAGCUACCUUGGUUUUGGUUUUAUUUCCACCGGUACUGGAGGUUAACUCCUGCUUUGGGUAUGACCACUUUGAUCUGGCUCUUCCUAAAACCCUAUCUGGGAUCAGGACCGAUCUGGCAGUCCAACGUCUCGGACCCGUUCUGUUCUCGGGACUGGUGGGUCAACCUACUGUACAUCAAUAACUUUUACCAUAAUGAUUGUAUUGCUUGGGUAUGGUAUCUAGCUAAUGAUAUGCAGUUCUUUAUCAUCAGUCCUAUUCUACUAAUCAUACUACACAGGCGACCAUUACUUGGACUGCUUAGUCUUUUUGGAAUCUGUGUCGUCAGCUCAGUUACUACAGGUCUACUUAUGGCAAAACACAAUUUCUCUGUUCUUUUUCUUGAUGCAUCAAAUCCAAAUCCACCAACGGAUCAAAGCCAAUCCUUCACAGAGGUGAUCUACGCUAAACCUUACUGCCGCAUCGCACCUUAUAUGGUUGGCAUGGCAAUGGGAUACCUUCUACAUAAAAUCAAGAAAGACAAUGUCAAACUGCAUCCGUCUGUUGUGGUGAUAGGAUGGGGUGUUGCUACAGCCGUAGGAAUGGCGGUGGUAUACGGGUUGUACGGAGGUUACAACAAUCGUCCCCUUAGUACGACGGAGAACGCCGUCUACAUGGCGCUAUGUCGGUUUGCUUGGGCCAUCAGCCUCUCCUGGGUUGUGUUUGCCUGUCACUAUGGAUACGGAGGUUGGAUCAACGACUUUCUGAGUUGGGAGUUGUGGAUACCGAUGAGUCGCCUGACAUAUUCGGCCUAUCUUCUUCAUCCUAUAGUCAUCAUAAUCUACGGCUACAACUUGACCAACACCUACUUCUACUCCAUCUAUACCCUGGCAUUCGAGGUUGCUGCCUUCAUAGCCCUUGGCUACAUGGCUGCUAUCUUGAUGGCAGUAGCAAUCGAGUUCCCAUUUGGAAACCUGGAAAGAAUGAUCAUGCCAUCAACAGACAAGAAGACCAAAUAGCUGAAUGUGUAUUCAAGAUGGUGACACGACAUGUGCUCAGGCGACAUUUGCUCUAGUCUUAAUAUCUCAGAGGGCAUAGGGUUAUGAUUAGGAUCCAAAUGUUUUUAUCGAUAAAAAAAAUUAUCCACUUUUAUAUAGCGCUAAAUACAUCGGAACAACGUGUCUACGCGCUUUCCAGAUAUAUUAUUACCCCGGUCAUCGGAUUCAAUCACUCAUUCCCGCACACAGUGUUUGCACAUCCUCCACUCCUUAG